GCACGCGCGCCACGUACGCGGGUGGGGCACCGCGGCAAUGCAGGCGAUUCACCCGGGCCGCUCGUGCAGCGUCGGCCGUUUCUGCCGCCGGCGCCGCGAGGCUUCUCCCUUCCUGCAGCCGCUCCAUCGAAGCAGAGGCGGCGGCGGCGGCGGCAAAGGGGUGGGGGGAGCAGUGAGGUGCGGCGCGAGGGGAGCCGCCCGGGCGGCGCGGGCCAUGGAGAUGGAGGAGGCGAGGGCGGUGACGGUGCGGGCGGUGGAGGCCACACCGGAGUCGUUCGCGCCGUUCGGCCAGGUCGUCGCCGCCACCCCCGACGGCGAUGAGUUCGGCCCCCACGACGCGCAGCUCGACCUCAGCCUCGGCAUCCCAAGGUUCUACAUCAUGAGGUUGGAGAAACGGCCGCUAAAGUUCCGGACGAUCACCCACCACGCCAGCGUGACCCAGUGCCUCGGCUCCAUCGGCGGCGAGGAUUGGUACCUCGGCGUGGCCAAGCCUUCGAUCGUGGAUGGGGCACAUGAGCAGGGCAGCGAUGGGAGGAAGCCCGUGCAGUCGCGUGCUGGUCACUGCUACCUUCCUCCCGAUCCAGCUGAAGUUUGCGUCUUCAGGGUUUCUGGCUCUAAGUUUCUGAAGCUGCACAUCGGGACCUGGCAUGCCGGGCCGUUGUUUAAGGCAGAUGCGGUGGAUUUCUACAAUCUGGAGCUGAGCAACACCAAUAUUGUCGACCACACUACACACGAUUUCAGCAAAGAUGGUGUAACUUUUGUGAUCGAGGACUGACGCAUUUCGCAACCGCUGUUCAGUAAGACAGUAACGAAAUGCACCUGCAGGUUGCAUACUGCUCGCUGAUCAUUUCUGUAUCCUGAGUUUUCAGUGAACAAUCCGUAUGCAAAUGUGAUGUACAAUGCACAUAUGAGCUGCAUCCUCAAGUCCUUGUAAAAUAAAAAAUAAAAAGGAACCAAGGGAGCUUCCAAUGGUACGCCCAAAAGCCGUCCAGUAUGAAAUGAUGUGCGCUUUUCCUGAAAA